CGCCGCUUCCGUGCGCUCUUGUGCGUUUCCUGGUCCCGCGCCCUCACGCUCCCCCUCGGAAGCGGGGCUCACAGGGAAGGCCCGGCUGGUGGUCCCGGCAUCUGUUCUCAGUCGUAGCCCGGGCGGCCAUGUCGGCCGGGGAGGUGGAGCGGCUGGUGUCAGAGCUGAGCGGCGGGACCGGUGGGGAUGAGGAGGAAGAGUGGCUCUAUGGCGAUGAAAAUGAAGUUGAAAGGCCAGAAGAAGAAAAUGUCAGUGCUAAUCCUCCAUCUGGAAUUGAAGAUGAAACUGCAGAAAAUGGGAUAUCAAAACCAAAAGUGACUGAGACUGAAGAUGAUAGUGAGAGUGACAGUGAUGAUGAUGAAGAUGAUGUUCACGUGACUAUUGGUGAUAUUAAAACUGGAGCACCACAGUAUGGGAGCUAUGGUACAGCACCUGUAAAUCUUAAUAUCAAGACAGGAGGAAGAGUUUAUGGAGCUGCAGGGACAAAAGUGAAAGGUGUAGACCUUGAUGCACCUGGAAGCAUUAAUGGAGUUCCACUGUUGGAAGUAGAUUUGGAUUCGUUUGAAGAUAAACCAUGGCGGAAACCAGGUGCUGAUCUCUCUGAUUACUUUAAUUAUGGUUUUAAUGAAGAUACAUGGAAAGCUUACUGUGAAAAACAAAAGAGAAUACGAAUGGGACUUGAAUUAAUACCAAAUAAAAUUACGGCCGAAGACUAUACUAUGGAAGUUACACCAGGUGCAGAGAUCCAAGAUGGCAGAUACAAUCUUUUUAAGGUACAGCAGGGCAGAACUGGAAAUGCAGAGAAGGAAACAGUGCUACAGUCUGCCAAAGCUGAGUUUACAUCUCCUCCUUCUCUAUUCAAAACAGGACUUCCUCCAAGCAGAAACAGCGCCUCUUCUCAGUCUCAGACAAGUUCUGCCUCCAGAAAAGCCAAUUCAGGCAUCGGGAAGUGGCAGGAUCGAUAUGGGAGGGCCGAAUCACCUGACUUAAGGAGAUUAUCUGGCACAAUAGAUGUAAUUGGUCAGACUAUCACCAUCAGCCGAGUGGAAGGAAGACGGCGUGCAAAUGAAAAUAGCAACAUACAGGUUCUUUCGGAACGAUCUGCUGCUGAAGUAGACAACAAUUUUAGCAAACCACCUCCAUUUUUCCCUCCAGGAGCUCCUCCUACUCAUCUCCCACCACCUCCAUUUCUUCCUCCUCCUCCAACUGUCAGCACUGCUCCACCUCUGAUUCCCCCCCCAGGUAUUCCAAUAACUGUACCACCUCCAGGUUUUCCUCCUCCCCCAGGAGCUCCUCCUCCAUCUCUUAUACCAACAAUAGAAAGUGGGCAUUCUUCUGGAUAUGAUAGUCGUUCUGCUCGUGCAUUUCCUUAUGGCAAUGUUGCUUUUCCUCAUCUUCCUGGUUCUGCUCCUUCAUGGCCUAGUCUUGUCGACACCACCAAGCAGUGGGACUACUAUGCCAGGAGAGAGAAAGAUAGAGAGCGAGAGAGAGAACGAGACCGAGAAAGAGAUCGCGACCGUGAUAGGGAAAGAGAACGUACCAGAGAGAGAGAGAGAGAACGCGAUCACAGCCCAACACCAAGUGUAUUCAACAGUGACGAAGAACGAUACAGAUACAGAGAAUAUACAGAAAGAGGCUAUGAGCGUCAUAGAGCAAGUCGAGAAAAAGAAGAGCGACACAGAGAAAGAAGACACAGAGAAAAAGAGGAGACAAGACACAAGUCAUCUAGAAGUAAUAGCAGACGACGCCAUGAAAGUGAAGAAGGGGACAGUCACAGGAGACACAAACACAAAAAAUCGAAAAGGAGCAAAGAAGGAAAAGAAGCUGGCAGUGAACCUGCCCCAGAGCAGGAGAGCACUGAGGCUGCCCCUGCUGAAUAGGCCUGUAGUGCUUGUAUUAAUGCCAAAAACUGGCUGCUUUAAAUCUUGUUAUUUUUCUGGAUAAUGUUUAAGAAAUUUCUGCUUAAUCUUAUUCUGUUAGUAUAAAGAGAAAAGGUUAAUUUUUUUCCCAAAAUAAAGUGAAUUUUUCAUGUCAAGUUUA